UUGUUUUUUGUUUUUAAAGACAGGUUAACCCUUAUCUAAGUGUUUUUCUUCCCAGUCUUUCCUCCUUUGCGCGUUGAUGCGUUUUUCCAGUUCAGUUAAGGAAUGGGGAAGCACCUGUAGAUGAGGCUGAGCACUUGAAGGAUUUCAUAGUAACAGUUGCUCCUGAGAAAUCUGUUUUCACGGACGGCGUAGCAAGCUGCAGGGGUCAGCGUAGUGGGGAGGAGGAGGAAUCGGCGUUAGUUAUUUCUUCGCCAAAUGAUAAAGCCUGAUGCUAUGUCAACAUUUGCACAAAUGUCGGAAUGUAGGUGCUCAUGUUGCCCAGAAACCGGCGACAUUAAAAAUGUAUAGCUCUCAAAAGGAUUGCGCUGUUCUCAAGUUUUCUCAGUUUUAUGCUCAAAAGUCUUAAGUCACGGCACCACCUUCCCCACGCUCACCAGAGAGUCUGAACUGGGGUACGCCCCAAAUUCCCUCCUUUAAUAACUCUUGGGAGCCCAGUUUCAGCCCAUCUGCUGUUUUAAGACAAGCACUGAGAUUCAGAAUCCCGAAACAUUGUAUCUAACUUGUGGCUGAUUAGCAAAUGAAUCUCAGUGGAAACAUUUUUAUCUAACUUGGAGAAAGACUGUCUAACUUGAGAAACAACAAACCUCAGAUGGGACACUAUAUGUAACGGGAAGGAAUAAGAUCGGAAAUGAGAAUAUAUCUGCACAUUCCAUGGAGUCAGCAUGAUUACUUUGGAAGCAGAAAAUAAUUGGUGAAAUGCAUCGGUUUAGAACUUCCGAUGUCUCUCAAGCCACUUUGGCCAGUGUAGCCCCAGUGUUUACUGUGACAAAAUUUGACAAAGAAGGAAAUGUUACUUCUUUUGAAAAGAAGAAAACUGACUUAUAUCAAGAAUUGGGUCUGCAAGCCAGAGAUUUGAGGUUUCAGCAUGUGAUGAGCAUCACAACCAGAAACAAUAGGAUUAUCAUGAGAAUGGAGUACUUGAAAGCUGUGAUAACUCCAGAGUGUCUUCUGAUACUAGAUUAUCGUAAUUUAAAUUUAGAGCAAUGGCUCUUCCGGGAACUCCCUUCUCAGUUGGCUGGAGAAGGACAACUUGUCACAUACCCUUUACCUUUUGAGUUUAGGGCUAUAGAAGCACUCCUACAAUAUUGGAUCAGCACUCUUCAGGGGAAACUUAGCAUUUUGCAGCCACUGAUCCUUGAGACAUUGGAAGCUUUAGUGGAUCCCAAACAUUCUUCUGUAGACAGAAGCAAAUUGCACAUCUUACUACAAAAUGGCAAAAGUCUGUCAGAGUUAGAAACAGAUAUUAAAAUUUUCAAAGAAUCCAUGUUGGAGAUUUUGGAUGAAGAGGAGUUGUUGGAGGAGCUCUGUCUCACGAAGUGGAGUGACCCACAAGUCUUUGAAAAGAGCAGUGCUGGAAUCGACCAUGCAGAAGAGAUGGAGUUGCUCUUGGAAAACUACUACCGGUUGGCCGAGGAUCUCUCCAAUGCAACGCGGGAACUCAGGGUAUUGAUCGAUGAUUCUCAAAGUAUCAUAUUCAUCAAUCUGGACAGCCACCGGAAUGUGAUGAUGAGGUUGAACCUACAGCUGACCAUGGGAACCUUCUCUCUUUCUCUCUUUGGACUAAUGGGAGUUGCUUUUGGAAUGAAUUUGGAAUCUUCCCUUGAAGAGGACCACAGAGUGUUUUGGCUGAUUACAGGAAUUAUGUUUAUGGGCAGCGGCCUCAUCUGGAGGCGUUUGCUGUCAUUCCUGGGACGACAACUAGAAGCUCCUCUACCUCCCGUGGUGGCCUCUUUACCCAAGAAGUCCCUGCAGGCGGACAGGAGGAUGGAAAUGAAGCACAGCUUCCGGCCGGACGGGCUCGGCUCAGGCAAGAGCGUCCUGACAAACCGUUAGAGACAUCCACCCUCGAGAGACUGGGUUACUUUUCGCAGUAGUCACGGGAAGCUUCUGGUACUCUUUUAUUAUUUUCUUUCAUAGAGUCAGAGACUUGGGAAAAAUCACUAAAAUUACAAUGCCUGAUGAUAAAGAUACCAUGACACUCCGUAAUGCUAGAACUUCUGCAUUUUCAAAAUCGAGGAAAGACGCAAAGGAUAGGCUCUGUAAAAGGCCAAAAUU